AUGGAGAAGUGGAGAUCUGUUGAUUUUUCGAAGGAAGAAGAAGAAGGGAUCACAGCGGAAAUCGAAGAGGUUUGCGAAGGAGAAAUCUUUCAGCGAACAUUAGCAGGUAGAUUAUGGACGGACAACAGUUUCAAUUCAAAAGCUUUCAUCAGUACCAUGCUUGGAGCUUGGAAGCUUAAAAAUGCAGUAGAGGUACAGGAGCUGAAUAAGAAUCUAUUUCUCUUUCGCUUCACGACAAGGAGAGAAAUGGAAAAUAUCCUGAAGAAUGGUCAGUGGAGCUUCGACAGGAAUUUGUUAGUACUCAGCAGAAUUACAGGGGAAGAACAACCUUCGGAGUUGAACAUGCAUUUCGGAACGUUCUGGGUCCGUGUUUAUGAAUUACCUUUAAUGCUUAGAUCUGAGGCAAUGGCGAAGAAAUUAGGAGGCAUUCUGGGAGAUUUUGAAGAACUUGACACAAAGGAAGCUCACAGGAAUGGUCGAUUCCUGCGAAUCAAGGUCAACAUUGAUUUAAGGAAACCGCUCAAGCGAGGAACGAUGGUGCGAUUCAAGGAGAAGAACCUGAGAGUACACUUUAAAUAUGAACGACUGCCAACAUUUUGCUUUGUCUGUGGGAAGCUAGGGCACCAGAUCAAAGAUUGUGAUGUAGUGGGUGACCUAAGCGAAGAGGGUUUUGAAAAUAUUGAGGAACAAGAUCUUGCUUUCGGAGCCUGGCUGCGCGCGUCUCCUUUGCCAAGAAUCCAAGAAGAAGUCAAAAAGAAGGACACAUCGUCCAGCUCGUGUAGCAAGAAUCUUUUCAAUGUAUCCUCCGGCCAAAGUAGACACGAAACGAAAGGUAAAAGUAAAGACGGGGAAGAAGGAGAAGUAGAGCAGCAACGGACAAUGGUGCAAGACGAACCUGGGGCAAAAAUCGCUACAACUAAAAAGAAUACUCAAGAGAUACAACUGAUGGAAAGUAAUAGGGUCCAGAAAGGUAAGGAGCCCAGGAAAACAAAUUUGGAGAUCGAAGCUAUGGCGGAAUCACUAGGAGCGGUGGAUAUCUCAAAUGUGGGGAAAGGUAGUAAGGAGCUAUCAGUGGAAGGAAAGAGCAAAAAGCGUAAAUGGAUAAGGCGACAAAACACGAGAAAGGCAACUUCAUCAAAGACAGUGGAAAAAGAGGUGGAACGUGGGAAGCGAAACCUUGUUGAUGUCAUGAUAAUAGAUGGAACAGUGGACACUUGUGGAAAGGGAGAGAAGAAAUUGAAAGGCCAAGAAGAGGAGGUAACAACCGAGCAAGGACCAGAGGUGGUGUUGGAUAACCAACACCGCCUACCACAAUGA